AUGACUUCUCCAACAAUUCAGAAAGAUAUUGUGAGUGCAUAUAAAAUAGAAACUGUUAAAGCUAUUCUUGAAGAAUUAAAUGAUGACUACUUUUUCUUACUAGUUGAUGAAUCUUUUGAUGUGUCACGCAAAGAGCAAAUGGCUAUUGUAUUGAGAUAUGUUGAUAGGAUGGGAUUUGUGAUGGAGCGGCUUAUUGAUAUUAUUCAUCAAAUUAUUCUUAUGUUUGACUCUAUUCUUGAUGUUCUUAAAUCACUUGUUCUUGAUGCACAUAAUAUGGAUGAAAGAGCCAAGACAAUGGAACAUCUCGAAGCUUGUCGAACAUUUGAGGCUGCGUUCAUGUUACAUUUGAUGAGAGAUAUUUUGGCUAUCACAAAUGAGCUUAGCAAAUGCUUACAAAAGAAGGAGCAAGAUGUUGCAAAUGCCAUGCUACUUGUUAAAGUAGCAAAUAGAAGGUUGCAAGUUUUAAGGGAGAAUGGAUGGAAUUCUCUUAAUGAUAAUGUGUCUCUAUUUUGUAAGAAAAAUGAUAUUUUGAUACCUAACUUUAAGGAUCCAUAUGUUAGCUCUCUAAGAUUCUGCCGACAACUUGCCGACUAUACAGUCUUACAUCAUUACUGCGUUGAAGUAUUUUGCAAUAUUAUUGAUUGA